AUGUUUUGGUUAGCAAGGACCAAGGUCAAGUUUGGAAAAGGCCUGGUUACCAUGACAACGUUUACUGUUUAGAACAGUGGCCAUAAAUCAGACACUGUUGUUCGUUUUUUGUCUAUCAGCUUGAUACAGACACAUUAUCUUAUUUGAUUCAUUUUCACCUAAUCCCCAUUGCCCUUCCUGUGUCAGGCUGCAGAGGUUAGUGUGGCUGGUGUGCAGGCUGAGGAGGUGCAGCUUCAGCAGGGGGUGAGGGGAGGAGAGGAGAGGGGGGGAGGAGGAGGUGGAGGAGCUGUCUUUGGGGAACCAGCAGGAGCCAGACCAUAUCAAUACACCAGCUCAGCUGCAGGAAGAGGAGGACCAGCAGGGCCCUACACUGGAGACAACAAAGGACCACACACAGCAGGCAGAGGUAGGCUUGAGACCAUACUGUAUGCCAAAGAGGGGAUGCGAUGUGAAUUCUGAACACAAUGGAUGAGUGAAUGUAUGAAUGAAUCAAUGCAAGAUUUUUUGGGUCUGGUUUUGUAGAGCAUCAUCGAAAACCUGCAGAGGAAGAUCACUUCACUAGAGGGCGCUAUCACCAAAGUGACACCUGUAAGACCACGACUGAAACCACUAAAUUGCGUACUAAUUCAACAGGCCUAAAGAAAAUAGUAUAAUCAAUAGCCUACAUUUACCAUCCAACCUGGCUUCUGGGUUCUGGGCUAUGUAUCAGGAUAGCGAGUCGGCAGACACUGAACCAAUAGAACUUGAGACCCAGCUGAACCCCACAGUAGAGCAGAAUCAGGACCAGGACCUGCAGGCCUUACUGGACCAGUUGCACCAGGAGAGAGACAGUCUGAACAGACUGGUGCAGAAGCUCAGCCUUACAGGUGAGUUACUCUGGGGCUGGACUGAGUGAAUGUAUAGCGUUUUGGGAGGAAACGCUUCACUUAUACAUUUAGAACACUGAAGAUGGUGGAACAAAUGCCUAAUUACAUUUCAAGUUAAUAUUAGAGGGUAGUGGAGAAUGUGAUGCCAGAAUGUGAUUGAACAUUGUUGGCUGUUCUACAGAGAGAGAGCAGGUCCUGUACACAGAGCCAAGCGGCAGGGGGAAGCGUGGCUCUCGUCUGGACAGCUUCUUGCGGAGCGUGGAGGAGGAGAGGGACUACUACAGACAGGAAGCAGACAGCCUGAGGAGGAUGCUGAGGGGCAGGUGCUCCUGUAGCCCCUGUCGGGGGCACCUCCAGAGCCGCAGCCCCACCCGUCAGCCCCCUGUCAAGGUAAAGGAAUGUCUGUCUAAUAUUAACUUGAAAUCUAAUUAGGCAUUUGUUCCUCCAUCUUCAGUGUUCUAAAUGUAUAAGUGAAGCGUUUCCUCCCAAAACGCUAUAUAUCCAUUUUCAGAAAUGUUGGUAAAUGAGCUUUUAUUGUUUAAAGAAAUGUUUGGUGUGUUUUUUCACUCUCUAAUCAUGGCAUGGGGUUGUUCAAUGACAUACAUGUAUUUGUUUAAAAUCUAUUACUUGAUGGUUUCAUUUCAGAGAGACAAAUAAUGUUUUUUUGCGAAAUGCUAUAUAUCCAGCUCACUCUCAGAGACAUAAGUAGUACUGCUAGGUUUUAAACAGUCAAAUGUAAUAAAUAACUACAUUUUGAAUAAAGAACUGUAGAAAUGAUACAUUUGUGACAUCAAUAUAAAACAAAUAUAAAAAAUAAUAAUGUAAUUCAGUAAUAUGAGAUCUGUAUAUAAAACAUUUACAUUUGACAUUUUAGUCAUUUAGCAUAUGCUCUUAUCCAGAGUGAAUUACAGUAAGUGCAUUCAUCUUAAGAUAGCUAGGUGAGACAACCACAUAUCACAGUCAAAAAUACAGGAUACGAACAUUCCAUUCCAGCUAAACAAUAUAACGUUUAGCAAAAAAACAAACAUUUUCAUACACAUCUAAAAUCUAUGAAUUAAACAACUGAGAUCAGUAAUAUUUUACACAUACAUGAAGGUACCCAUAAUCAAUCAUUUCUGAUGAAAAAAUACAAAUAUGAAAUAUUGGUGGAUAUAGCGUUUUGGAAAUAAACUCUUCAAAUACGACUUUUUCCGGAUUAAUAAAAAAAAAAUGAAUUUCUGACCAAUGUCUCCUGGACUGCUAGCCCUUUGUCAUGAUACUAAUGUAACAGCUGAUGUACUCUUUUGAAAUCUGACAUCAUGUCUUGUUCUCUUAUGUUGGGCAGGGGGGCAGCUAUGACUCUGAGCUGAUGAGGGUCUUGAGAGAGCGGGACGAGAUGCAGAACAUGCUUGAUAAGUAUGAGCGCCACCUGUCAGAGAUCCAGGCCAACGUGAAAGUUCUGACUGCCGACAGAGACAAGACCAGCAUGCACUACCAGCAGGCUAGUGCCAUUCUUAAAGGAAAAAAUAACGCCAACAAAACACAUUUUGUCAGACGUUUUCUUAGCUCAGUUCCAAAUGAAUGGGAAAUCAUUUUGCGGGUAACAAUCCCAUUCCUCAUUAGGCCCAGCAGGAGAUAGCGUCGCUGCGUCGCGAGGUGCUGAAAUCCAAGUCGUCGCGCGCAGCUAAGAGCAGUGUCACCGUGUCAGCUCAGAGCAUCCUGAAGCGCGUGGAGGCGGAGAGAGACGUGGCCACGGUCGACCUCCACCGAAUGAGCACAGAGAGGGACAGUCUGAGGGAGAGACUCAAGGUCAGCGUGUUAACCAGAUUGGAUAAUAAUCUACUUCUGAGUGUUCCAGCAUGGCCAUCUAUUGACUACCAAUGAAAGUGUGUGUGUGUGUCCUGCUGAGAGAAAGUGUCUAUAUGUGUGUUGCGUGUUGUCAGAUCUCUCAGGAGACAGCCAUCAGUGAGAGGGCUCAUCUGGAGCAGAGGGUGGAGGACCUGCAGACAGCCAUUCUCACUGUGAGGAGGAGGAGAAAACCACAAUGACUAGAACAGACACAGUCUUUAAAUGUCCUCCGUUUGAAAUGGAAUGUUCAUGCUGCUAAUUGCAAUUCAUGGCGAUGCUCCUUGCUGUAGCUGGAGCAUGAGCGAGGGGACCAGAAGAGCCGUCUUGCCCUGAUGAGGGAGUCCAUGAUGGGGCUUGAGGAGGAGGUCCACACCCUGGGCAGGAAGCUGACCGCUGCUGAGGACGAACACAGCAGGACCAGGAACGAGUGUGUCAUGCUGAGGUAAGCCAGGAACCAGCACUGAUGUAUGAAGUCAUGUGGUUGGGGAGUCACUUCCUGCAUCAGCCACAUACUUGGCAUGUGUGGGAACUGUUACUUCUAUAGCGUCCAUUUAAUCCCUUUUAUAGCAUCAUUUGAAGUGUGUGCGCGCACGUGUGUGUGUGUUCAGACUGUCCAACGGUGAGACACAGAACGCCCUGAGUGACAGCCAGCGCAGACUGACCUCCCGCAUCGGAGAACUACAGAACUCCCAGGAGAGGAACAAACUGCUGGACGAGAAGAACGGUGAGGAGACAAGGUCUGUGUGUGUGUGUGUGUGUGCGUUCAUCCAUUCUUGUGUGUGUGUGUGUGUGUGUGUGUGUGUGUGUGCGCUCAUCCAUUCUUGUGUGUGUGUGUAAUAACGCUAUUCCAGAUAACCUUACCACACUGAGCCUUAUCUGUUGUGUCAGACUCUCUACUGAGGCAGGUGUCUGGUCUAAGAGAGGAGGUGAGCGGUCUACAGUCCACCAUCACUGACCUGGACCAGAGGAGAGACUCCCUGCAGGAGCAGCUGGAGAACAAGACUGACCUCCUCAAUUCAGCCCACAACCAGCUGGACGACAAAGUAAUCAACUGAACACUAACAACACACACAGCCAAUUGUACCAGAAUACCUGCCAGCAUACCUACCAGCCACUAUGUUUAGGAAGUUGAAAUGUCCACUUGGAUAUCACCUCAUGAGAUGUGACACAUUAGUCUAAUAUCAGUUAUUGAGUGAUGGUCUCUUUGUUGCCAUGUUUUUUCUUCAGGAGAAAACCAUCAGGAAUCUGAGGUUGACCAUUGAGGAUCUGGAGACAUCAGCAGAGUGAGUCUGAGUUGUCCAGUACCACAAAGCUUCACACAGCAGCAUCAGAUGCCAAGUCACCCUACCAAGGUUCACUCAGAGACACAUAUGGAUUGCACCACCUGUAUAAGUUAACCUCUAAACUCUGACCCCUGGCUGUGACCUCUCUGUUCCCCAGGAGUGUUCGUGAGGCGCUGGCAGGGCGGGAGCGGGAGCUGGAGGCUUUGAGGAGGAGGCUGGGGGAUGCGGGGGAGGAGCUGGGGGCUUUGGCCAAGGUGAAGGAUGCCACCCUAAGGGAGAAUGCUCAGCUCCGAGAGGAACUGGACAAGAGCCGUCUCAACAACCAGGUCAGAUACAGCACUCUCUGACCAAACCAGGGUCAGGAUUAUCAUUUUUAAACUUUGAAAUUAUCAACCUUUUAGGAUUCUUAAUAUUUAGGGAGGAUGGUAUGUAGCCUGGUUGCUGUCUCUGUUCAGCUAUUACAUUCCACUCCUUGUACUCCGUGUCAUUUGCCAAAUGACAGGAGUGGCAAGGAGUGGAAUGUUAGCUAAAAAGACUGGUACCCAGACUAGAUGGCAUUGGCUCAUGGUCCAGAAUAGUUUUUCAUCCCAGGUGAUUGGCUAGGGCAAACAGUAGUAGAAAACACACAUAUUAUUCAUGAUAUACCAAACCGCAUGGCCAUUAUCUCUUUAGAAUCUCACAAACACUUUGUACAAUCUAGUUUGUUUUGCUGUCCAGGCCCUGGAGCUGAAGUCUGAGGACUCUGCCCAGGAGGUGCAGGAGCUGCAGAGGAAGGUACAGGACUAUGUGUCUGACGUCUCCCGCAUCGAGAACCUGCUGUCCACCAAGGUAACCUCUGCUGGCACUGUGAAUGGAUGAUAUUUCUAUCUGUGAUCUGUUAGUUAUGUCUUGUCGAACAAACAAUCACUCAUCCAGAACAGCUAUGGCUGCGUUUACACAGGCAGCCCAAUUCUGAUAUUUAGCCCAAAUAUUGGCAAAAAAGCUGAUCUGAUUGGUCAAAAUACCUAUUAGUGAAAAAAUAAUCAGAAUAGGGCUGCCUGUGUAAACGCAGCCUUUGAGUUUCAGAUCGAUUCCUAUUUGAAAAUCUUUAUUUUUUUCUUUCCUCCUUGUGCUUACUAUAAGCGGCAAUCAACGUUUUCAGACUGGAGUUGGGUAGGGAUUGAUAGUCAAGACCUUUUAACUUGUACUGUUUCAUUGUGGAGCUAAAUAAAUAAUUCAAAUGUGUGUGUGUGUGUGUGUGUGUAUGUCCACCAGGAGCGGGAGUGCAGGGAGCACCAGGAGGCUCGGCGGCGUGGCUCGGCCCAGGCCGAGAGCUGGGAGGGGCAGGCGCGGCAGGCGGAGGGGAGCAUCAGCGAGCUGAGGCUGGAGCUGAUGACCUCGGACACGGAGAGACGCAGACUCAGGGAGAAGGUGGAGGCUCUGGAGGCCAGUCUGCAGGAGGUCGGUCCACCCUCACUGUCUCUAUCAUUAGGGAUUAUCACUGGGCACACACUGGGUCUUAUUCAUUAGGCACCAAACGGACUGAAACAGGGUGGGACAACCUGAAGUUGGCCAAUAACAAAAGCUCAUUUUAGUUUUAUGUGUAAAAGGUUUCGCAACAUGUUAACAUGUUGUGCGUAAUGAACACGACCCUGGACCCCUAUAGUUGUGUGUAUCCUAGGCGUUGUCUGCAGAGCGGAGCUGCAGCAGCCAGGUGUCCCAGCUCAACAGGAGUCUGCUGCACACUGAGGAGGAGCUGAGACAGGCCCAGGGGGAACACACCGCCACUCAGACUGACCUGGAGAAGACCAGGGAGCUCUGUGUCAAACUGGACGCCAGCAAGGAGGCUGUGAGUCAUGGAGGGGAUGGUGUGUGUGCGCAUAUGUCAGGAUGUUUAUGUUUGUGUGUGUGUAUGUUAACAGUACACUGUGUGUGUGUGCUUGUAGGUGCAGUGUGAGCUGGAUGCGUACCGCUCGGAGUUGGAGCUGCUCAGGAAGCAGCUGUCCAGUGAGCGUCUGAGCAUGAAGAGCCUGGAGUCCAUGCUGGUGGCCACCAGGGAGAAGGAGCUACACCGACAGCUCAGCUCCCAGGAGAGACACACUGAGAUCCAGCUGCUCAGGGACAAACUCACCGCGGCCGACAGCAAGGCGUAAGCAGACACUUGGUCGCUGUUGGAAGGGUUUCUGAUUUGUUUGUCUGUUUUGACAGCUUCCCUCUUUGUUUCUCUCCCUCUUUCUCUUUCAUCUAUCCAUCUCCAACUCAAUUUCCAAUUUCUCUCUCUCUCUCUCUCUCUCUCUCUCUCUCUCUCUCUCUCUCUCUCUCUCUCUCUCUCUCUCUCUCUCUCUCUCUCUCUCUCUCUCUCUCUCUCUCUCUCUCUCAGGAGCUCUCAGAGUAGGGAGGUGGCUACAUUGAGUACUCGUUCGGCACAGCUAGAGGCUGAACUGGACAUGACCAAGAGAAAGCUAUCCACUGAGCGGUUUGAGAGGUCUGUUUGCCUGUCUGUCUGUCUCUAGUUGCUUGUCGUAAAGGCUUGGCUUGUGCUUUACUCUCUCUCUCUCUCUCUCUCCUCUCUCUCUCUCUCUCUCUCUCUCUCUCGUAGGGAGAGGGCAGUGCAGGAGCUGCGUCGUCAGGGUCUGUCAUCAUCGUCCUCUGGUCUGCAUCCCUCCUCCCCUCACCAGCGUCGCUCCCUCAGCCCCAGCAGGCCCCUGUGGUCCACCCCAGACCACCUGUCCAGAGAGAGAUCCCCAGAGAGGUGGGGCCCCUCCCUGAACACCUCACAUUGAAUACAACACACAUAUAUUUCUACAUCUCACCAUGUGUGUGUGUGUGUGUGUAUGUGUGUGUGUGUGUGUGUGUGUGGUGACAGGAGCCUGGGGUUCAAGGACCUCUACGACUGA